GUAGGCGUUCUCAACUUUGGUUACUGUGUGAUGGAUUCGGCUGACCCAAUUUAUGCUCCCUUUUUCGGUGUGAUCGGCGCUGUUUCUGCCGUAGUAUUUUGUUGUAAGUCUUAAAUUCUAUCACUUUAUACCAGGCUUGGGCGCUGCUUAUGGGACUGCCAAGUCCGGCGCGGGCAUCUGCUCAAUGGGAGUGAUGAGACCUGAGCUGAUCAUAAAGUCAAUCAUCCCGGUUGUUAUGGCUGGUAUUAUAGCAAUUUACGGCCUUGUUGUAGCAGUUCUCAUAGUUCAGCGUGGUCAGGACUUAAAGAAACUUGAUGUGUCUCUUAAUCAGCUAGGCGCUGGCCUCAGUGUUGGACUUAGUGGUCUUGGUGCAGGUUUUGCAAUUGGUAUCGUCGGGGAUGCUGGUGUACGAGGCACGGCUCAACAGUCCAGGCUGUUUGUUGGGAUGGUGCUAAUCCUAAUUUUCGCUGAGGUCCUUGGUCUUUACGGAUUAAUUGUCGCCCUUAUUUUGUCUACUAAGUAAAUUUCUUCACUUGUACUACCAUACCCUGCUGUCUUACUGAUCAAACAUGUCCAAACCAUCUAUCCUUUGGUCUACUUAUCAAUAUAACCUUAAUUUUAUGUCGUCUGUGAAAUUUAUCCAAUGAUUCACUGAGACACACUCAGUGAUAAUAUUCAUUUAUCCUUAUACUUAACCGGCCAGUUCAUUCCAAAUCAUGUACGACCAACCAAAACCGACUUUUCACGUGUUUUGGACAUGGUUAGUACGUUUUGAUUUUUAUCUUUAUGUAAGUGACACUGCAAAUCAGUAUACUGUUCGUGUGAAAUGUAUUAUGAUAUUUGAGUGCGUAUUUCACUUUCAUUUAGCGUAAUUUAUUGCUGGACACAUGCAUAAUACUUUUUCUUUGUGGUUAUUGUCUUUUUGUAUGUUACGUUGAUUCAGUUAUAUGCUAAAUAUAGAGUUUUCCUAUC